AACAGAUUGGAAACCCGGAGUUACCUGCUAGUUGGUGAAACUGGUUGGUAGACGCGAUCUGUUGGCUACUACCGGCUUCUCCUGGCUGUUAAAAGCAGAUGGUGGCUGAGGUUGAUUCCAUGCCGGCUGCCUCUUCUGUGAAGAAGCCAUUUGGUCUCAGGAGCAUGAUGGGCAAGUGGUGCUGCCACUGCUUCCUCUGCUGCAGGGAGAGCGGCAAGAGCAACGUGGGCACUUCCGGAGACCACGACGACUCUGCUAUGAAGACACUCAGGAGCAAGAUGGGCAAGUGGUGCCGCCACUGCUUCCCCUGCUGCAGGGGGAGUGGCAAGAGCAACGUGGGCGCUUCUGGAGACCACGACGACUCUGCUAUGAAGACACUCAGGAACAAGAUGGGCAAGUGGUGCUGCCACUGCUUCCCCUGCUGCAGGGGGAGCGGCAAGAGCAAGGUGAGCUCUUGGGGAGACUACGACGACAGCGCCUUCAUGGAUCCCAGGUACCACGUCCGUGGAGAAGAUCUGGACAAGCUCCACAGAGCUGCCUGGUGGGGUAAAGUCCCCAGAAAGGAUCUCAUCGUCAUGCUCAGGGACACUGACGUGAACAAGAAGGACAAGCAAAAGAGGACUGCUCUACAUCUGGCCUCUGCCAAUGGGAAUUCAGAAGUAGUAAAACUCCUACUGGACAGACGAUGUCAACUUAAUGUCCUUGACAACAAAAAGAGGACAGCUCUGACAAAGGCCGUACAAUGCCAGGAAGAUGAAUGUGCGUUAAUGUUGCUGGAACAUGGCACUGAUCCAAAUAUUCCAGAUGAGUAUGGAAAUACCACUCUACACUAUGCUGUCUACAAUGAAGAUAAAUUAAUGGCCAAAGCACUGCUCGUAUACGGUGCUGAUAUCGAAUCAAAAAACAAGCUAGAAAAUUUUAUGGCUAUCGAAGAAGAAAUGAAGGAGCAUGGAAGUACUCAUGUGGGAUUCCCAGAAAACCUGACUAACGGUGCUGCUGCUGGCAGUGGUGAUGAUGGAUUAAUUCCUCCAAGGAAGAGCAGAACACCUGAAAGCCAGCAAUUUCCUGACACUGAGAAUGAAGAGUAUCACAGUGAUGAACAAAAUGAUACUCAGAAGCAAUUUUGUGAAGAACAGAACACUGGAAUAUUACACGAUGAGAUUCUGAUUCAUGAAGAAAAGCAGAUAGAAGUGGCUGAAAAAAUGAAUUCUGAGCUUUCUCUUAGUUGUAAGAAAGAAAAAGACUUCUUGCAUGAAAAUAGUACGUUGCAGGAAGAAAUUGCCAUGCUAAGACUGGAGCUAGACACAAUGAAACAUCAGAGCCAGCUAAGAGAAAAGAAAUAUUUGGAGGAAAUUGAAAGUGUGAAAAAACAGAAUGAUAAUCUUUUAAAGGCUCUACAAUUGAAUGAGCUCACCAUGGAUGAUGAUACCGCCGUGCUCGUCAUUGACAACGGCUCUGGCAUGUGCAAGGCUGGCUUUGCGGGCGACGAUGCCCCCCGGGCUGUCUUCCCUUCCAUCGUGGGGCAUCCCAGGCACCAGGGCGUGAUGGGGGGCAUGCAUCAGAAGGAGUCCUAUGUGGGCAAGGAGGCCCAGAGCAAGAGAGGCAUCCUGACCCUGAAGUACCCCAUGGAACACGGCAUCAUCACCAACUGGGAUGACAUGGAGAAGAUCUGGCACCACACCUUCUACAACGAGCUGCGUGUGGCUCCCGAGGAGCACCCCAUCCUGCUGACCGAGGCCCCCCUGAACCCCAAGGCCAACCGCGAGAAGAUGACUCAGAUCAUGUUUGAGACCUUCAACACCCCAGCCAUGUACGUGGCCAUCCAGGCCGUGCUGUCCCUGUACACCUCUGGCCGUACUACUGGCAUCGUGAUGGACUCUGGUGACGGGGUCACCCACACUGUGCCCAUCUAUGAGGGGAAUGCCCUCCCCCAUGCCACCCUGCGCCUAGACCUGGCUGGGCGGGAACUGACUGACUACCUCAUGAAGAUCCUCAUGGAGCGUGGCUAUAGGUUCACCACCAUGGCCGAGCGGGAAAUCGUGCGUGACAUCAAAGAGAAGCUGUGCUAUGUUGCCCCGGACUUCGAGCAGGAGAUGGCCACGGCGGCCUCCAGCUCCUCCCUAGAGAAGAGCUACGAGCUGCCCGAUGGCCAGGUCAUCACCAUCGGCAACGAGCGGUUCCGCUGCCCCGAGGUGCUCUUCCAGCCUUGCUUCCUGGGCAUGGAAUCCUGUGGCAUCCAUGAAACUACCUUCAACUCCAUCAUGAAGUCUGAUGUGGACAUCCGCAAAGACCUGUACACCAACACAGUGCUGUCUGGCGGCACCACCAUGUACCCUGGCAUGGCCCACAGAAUGCAGAAGGAGAUCGCUGCCCUGGCGCCUGGCGUGAUGAAGAUCAAGAUCAUUGCUCCUCCCAAGCGCAAGUACUCCGUGUGGGUCGGUGGCUCCAUCCUGGCCUCGCUGUCCACCUUCCAGCAGAUGUGGAUCAGCAAGCCAGGAGUAUGAUGAGUCAGGCCCCUCCAUUGUCCACCGCAAAUGCUUCUAGGUGGACUCUGACUUAGUUGCGUUACACCCUUUCUUGACAAAACCAAAUUUCUCAGAAAACAACAUGAGAUUGGCAUGGCUUUAUUUGUUUCCUUGUUUUCAUUUUUUGUUUUGUUUUUUAUUGGCUUGACUCAGGAUUUAAAAACCGGAAUGGUGAAGGUGACAGCAGUCGGUUGGAGGGAGCUUCCUCCAAAGUUCUACAAUGUGGCCAAGGACUUUGAUUGUACAUUGUUCUUCUUUUCAAUAGUCAUUCCAAAUAUUGUGAGACGCAUUGUUUCAGGAAGCCCCUUGCCCUGCUAAAAGCCACCCUACUUCUCUCUAAGGAGAGUGGCCCAGUCCUCUCCCUGUUUCGCACAGGGGUGGUGAUAGCAUUGCUUUUGUGCACAUUACAUAGUGCAAAAUUUUUUGAAUCUUUGCCGUAAUACUUUUUAAUUUUGUUUUAUUUUGAAUGAUCAGCCUUCGUGGCCCCCCUCUUUGUACGCCAGCUUAGGGUGUAUGAAGGCUUUUGGUCUCCCUGAGAGUGGCUGGAGGCAGCCAGGGCUUACCUGUACUC